AUUACAUGGGCCUCGAUACCUUGGUACAGCACUGUUACGCACCUUUUGAUUAAAGAUGGAGGAGGCGAGUAACGAGAAGUUCUUGUCGAGAAGACGUUCCGCUGUAAUUAAAUCUUUUAAAGUGAAGGAUGAACGAGUCGCAACUUUCAAAAAGGUGGCUGCGAUUCUGCAAAAACCUGAAAUUGACAGAACGGCGGAGGAGGUGGAUAUACUCGUCUCUUGUAGUGACGUAGUCAAGGAGGUUAAUUUAAGACAAGAGAAAAGGGAUAGGGUUAAAGCAAGAUUGGAAGAAAUUGAAGACGUACCGGAGAUUUUGGAAGAAAAAUGUAUUAGGUUGGCUGCUGCUAUUAGCAGAGCUACUUCUCUUGCUGUUUAUACCGGUGCUGGUAUCAGUACAGCGGCGUCUAUACCCGAUUACAGAGGAACGAACGGCGUAUGGACCAGGAUGCAACAGGGAAAGGAUAUUGGGAACCACGAUUUGAGUCAAGCCGAGCCAACGUUAACCCAUAUGGCUCUGUAUGCCUUAUAUAAGGCGCGCGUGUUGAAACACAUAGUAUCGCAGAAUUGCGACGGACUUCAUUUGCGUAGUGGUAUACCACGUACUCUCUUAUCCGAAGUUCAUGGGAAUAUGUACGUCGAAGUUUGUAGAACUUGUAAACCGUCUAGAGAAUAUUGGAGGAUUUUUGAUGUUACGGAGAGAACAGCUAGAUAUUCGCAUGGAACAGGUAGAUCAUGCCACAAAUGUAAUUCCAUUUUGCAAGAUUCUAUAGUUCACUUCGGCGAAAGAGGAAAUUUGCCAUGGCCGAUUAAUUGGAACGGUGCUACACGAGCUGCCAAACAAGCCGACGUGAUAUUAUGUUUGGGUUCUAGUCUUAAAGUUUUGAAAAAAUAUCCGUGGCUAUGGCAGAUGGAUAGACCGGUACACAAACGUCCUUCAUUGUACAUCGUAAAUUUACAAUGGACUCCGAAAGACGAAAACGCUGUUUUGAAGAUAAAUGGAAAGUGUGACGAAGUUAUGAAAAAAAUCAUGACUCACUUAGGAUUGGAUAUACCACAAUACAAUCGUGCAAAAGACCCGAUAUUUUUUCAUGCUAUAAGACUGCAGACCAGUGAAUUACCGACGACGACCCAGCCUUGCUUGGAGGAGCCCGUAGCAGCGACUGUGAAAAAGUCCCCUCGCCAAAGUACCGAACAAUCUAUCGAGGAUGCCGUACCAGAAACUAAAGAAACAGAAGACUGUAUCUCUCCUAUAAGCGUAACCGAUUCUAUGACUGCCUACUCCGCACCUUUCUUUACUGCAUUACCUUUUUUAUCUAUGGGAUUACCUUUCCCUCCUAUGUACAUGUAUCCUCAGUUAACCCCGUUGUUUUAUUAUCCAUUCAUACAAAUACCCAAUGUUACGACAGAGACACCAAAACCCAAACCAGCUUGUUCAUUUUGUAUGGAACACGAAGGCUCCCUCACUUGCCUCUACUAUCAGCGCGACGGAGACGAUCCCGUAUCUUUAGAGACGGAAAAUGAACAUAUACAGGAAGCGGAGCAAUUAGUUAUCGCCGACGCACCAUUGGCAUCUGCAAAAAAUCCUGGAUGGUUUGGGAAAGGGUAUCGCAAAGGUAUGAAAAAGAAGCGGUAGCAUCCACUCGUAACAAAACGGCACGUAACGAUUCCCCUUUUUAUUAUUAUUGUACGCUAAUCAGCUAAUGAAUAUUACAAUGGCGUACUUAAGUAUUUAAAGUCUUCAUAUCGUAAAAAAAUAUACUUAUAGACAUUUUUCAAUGUAGCAAUUCCGUUCGUAUGUUCAACGCAUGAAUAGAUUUGUCGAGAUUAUCAGUCAGUUUUAAAAUCAUAGAUAGACGCAAUCUUUGAGAUUGCUUUUCAUGUUCUUAUUAAUAAGAAAUCGUAGUCAUCUAUAGAUGAUCGAAAUCGAUGCCGAGAAAUCAUUUUAUUAUCGAUAUCGGUUAUUUGAUUCUUUCGCGUUAAGUAGAGAUUUUGAAUAACGAAUUCUAUUUUAUCAAUCGAAUUUGACAACUAUUUCUAAGCACUGUAUUAUUAUUUAUAUUUUUAUUUUACGAUUUUAUUUUUUACUACAAGAUAAGAAAACGAAAAUAUGAUUAUCAUUGUUUUCAAGUUCGAUGUUAUAUGGUAUAAUUUUUCAUUAGCGACACAUUGAGAAACGGCAAGAAUUUGUUGAACUAGUCCUCGAUGCAUUUUAUGUUAUUUUUAAAUUAUUUCUCGUAUUGCAUGAAGAAUAUUUAGAAAUUCAAAUAACACAAAUCAAAAUGGAUCUUUGGAUGAGGAUCGAACAAAUUUCGAAAGCAUAACAUGCGAAUUAAUUUACUUUGAUAAAAGAAACAAAAGCGCUAACUCCUCGAAUAUAUAUAUAUGUGUGUGUGUGUGUGUAUACGUAUGUGUUGUGUAUAUAUAUAUAUAUACACACACCGGACUAAUUCCAAUGUACGAGUAAUUUUACAUUGGAGCAUAUAAUACGAUAUAUAUCGUUCUUUUCUGAUUGAUUUUAUAUCUACUUUAUAUCACAUGUAAUUUAAAUUAUUAUUGUUAUUUAUAAGAGAAUGAUCGUUGUGUAUUUUACAUUGUAUAAAAAUCAGUAUUUAUCUCGUCGUCCAUCUCGAUGAAUUUUCGAUGAAUUUUAAAAAUUUUUUGUUCGUUAAAAAGAAAUUAUUUUUUUUAAUCGUUCCUCGAUAUCGUCGUGCAUUAAAAAGCACAUAUCGCGUCAGCAUAGUUCCGUCGAUACGAAGUAUUAUUAGUAUAUUUACAUACGUAAUUUAUAAAGAUACCAUCGAGGGGCAAGGGAAAGCAGCGUAUGUAUUGUAAAUACUUUUUUUUAGUACGUUUUUCUUUUUUCUUUCUUUCAAUGAAUUUAAUUUAUUUUGAUUUUACGCUCUAUGAUAUUCGCGAACAUGUAUUGCGCAAUAAGAUUGUGGCGAUAAGCCAUUUCCUAUCUUUGUACUUCGUUGUCGAAACACGGAGCAUAUAUCAAGAGAGUUCCGCAUUAGAUUUUAAACUUCUCAAUUUCUCAAAAUCCUAUUUUUUUACCGCUGAGCUCGCACGAUCAAAUUGCGUGACGGCAAGCAUGCGAUUUACGUUGUACAUUUUGUGUAUAUUUUAAUAUAUAUAUAACAUUUUUGUCUCUUA